GCAUAACAGGCAGUAGAGACUGUCUGUGUGACUUCUCAGUUUGCCCUAGCAUUAUUGGUCCGUCAUUGAUGUGCUAGCAUUGAUUUUUAGUAUAACGGUGUCACAUUGCGCUCUACUAGUGGAUCCUUUCGAUUGGAUACAUCCAUGAUGGCUCCGCCCAAUACACAUGUAUUCUGAGCCAGUCCCUCGCGCCCUUCGGUGACACAGCCCAGCUCACCUGAGGAUUCUCAUAUAGCCAUAACAGUCACCUGUACCAUCAGGGUCGGAACCCAUCACACCACAAACAACUUUUCACAGGACCUGCUUCAGCACACAUUCAUAUCACAGCAGAAACGCACUAUGUCCUCCACCUUCUCCAUGCGCAGCUACUCAGCCCGCCAGCCAUCCUUCUCCAGCAUGUCUCUGAGAGACAGCAGUAGUAGUGGUGGCAGGAGCCGCUCCAAAGCCCCUGUCUCCUCCCUGUCCUCUGCCAGCACCCUGUCCCUCUCCCGCUCCCUCUCCAUGGGCAACGGGCUCAAUGUCCUGGGCGCCCUCUCCUCCCUGAACGGCAUGGGUGUGGGCGCCAGCGACAAGGAGACCAUGCAGGGCCUGAAUGACCGGCUGUCCAACUACCUGGACAAGGUGCGCUCCCUGGAGCGAUCCAACGCUGAGCUGGAGCUCAAGAUCAAACAACUGAUGCUGGAGCGGGCUCCCAAAGGUCACGAUAUCGAGGGUAUGAUGGCCCAGGCUCACGCCAUUGGACAGGAGGUGAGAAAGAAGACCCUGGAGAAUGCCCGCAUCAUGCUGGAGAUUGAUAACGCCAAGCUGGCCGCCGAUGACUUCAGGGUCAAAUGGGAGGCUGAGGCCACACUGUGCCAGUCUGUAGAGAGGGACUGUCUGGCUCUCCGGAGGGCCAAGUCAGACCACGACCAGAUCAUAGCCACCCUGAGAGGAGACCUGGACAGCUUGAAGGAGGAGCUCUACUUCCUCAAGAAGAAUCACGAUGAGGAGAUGGGCUCCAUGAAGGCCCGUAUGGCCAACGAGCAGGUGAAUGUGGAGGUGGAUGCAGCCCAGGGCCCAGACCUUGGGGCCAUUAUGGCUGAGCUGAGGAACCAGUAUGAGGGCAUUGCGCGUAAGAACAAGGAGGACUCAGAGACCUGGUACCUUAAGAAGCUGGAGUCAGUGCAGUCAGAGGUAAAGGAGAGCGGUGAGGCGCUACGCUGUGCUCAGAGUGAGCUCAGCGAGAGACGCCGCUUCCUACAGGCCCUGGAGGGGGAACUGGACAGUCUGCGCAAACAGGUGGGUGUGUUGGAAGGGAACCUGAGAGAGACAGGCCAUAAGUAUGCUCUGGAGAUGGACAGUCUGCAAGCCAUGCUGUCUCAGCUGGAGGAGGAGCUGUCCCAGCUGCGUCUGGACAUGCAGCGCAACAAGACAGACUAUGAACAGCUGCUCCGCAUCAAGCAGAACCUGGAGCUGGAGAUCGCCACCUACAGGAGACUGCUGGAGGGAGAGGAAGUGAUCAAGGAAAUGCCUCCAACUAAAAAGGAGCCCGAGGUGAGGACCAGGAAGAUCGUCAAGGUGGUCACCCAGACCAUGAUCAACGGCAGGGUAGUGGAAGAAUCCAGUGAGGUGGAGCAGAUCAAAGACAGCAAGAAAUAAGAUAAUCAGCUCCAUUCGUUUAUAUCUUCAUUAUCUUCCUCUUCAUCACAUACACAGAGCCUUGGCCCUCCACAUUCUAGUUGAAAUCACACAUUUGUAAAAGAAUGCUUUUUAAUCUACAAACAAGGACAGUCUGAGUCGACUAAGGAGAUGUUCGACCACCAAUCUCUGGACAUGCAAUAACUGGAGACUAAAAUGUGGGAAAUGUGUGGGGUCAAUGUAUAAUCAAUAUUGGGAAUAUAUAAUUUGGGGUUUAUUUGAGAAAUAGUAAACAGUAGUAGGCUAAUUGUGGACUAGAAGUGUGUCUGUUUUUAUCUGAGCGGGAGAGCAUGAGAGAUCCCUUCAACAUUCUACUUUACAUUAAGUUCUUUACGGCAUAUAGUAACUUUGCAACUAUGCUGUACAUUCACCAAAAUGUAAUUAUGCCUAUAUUGUAGCUGCAGAUAAAUGUAAUGAUUGUAUUGUAAUGAAAGGAAACUCUCUGUUAGCAGUAGUUACAAAGUGGAAUACAACUAAAAGUAAGUACAUUGUCAGAUCAUUUCCAUAUGGAAUUGUAUUAAAUAUAAUAUAUAUAUAUACAUAUAUAUAUACACACACUACCGUUCAAAUGUUUGGGGUCACUUAGCAAUGUCCUUGUUUUUGAAAGAAAAGCAACAUUUUUGUCCAUUAAAAUAACAUAAAAUUGAUCAGGAAUACAGUGUAGACAUUGUUAAUGUUGUAAAUUACUAUUAUAGUUGGAAACGGCAGAUUUUUAAUGGAAUAUCUAAAUAGGCGUACAGAGGCCAAUUAUCAGCAACCAUCACUCCUGUGUUCCAAUGGCACGUUGUGUUAGCUAAUCCAAGUGUAUAAUUUUAAAAGGCUAAUUGAAAACCAUUUUGCAAUUAUGUUAGGACAGCUGAAAACUGUUGUCCUGAUUAAAGAAGCAAUAAAACUGCCUUUCUUUAGACUGGUUGAGUAUCUGGAGCAUCAGCAUUUGUGGGUUCAAUUACAGGCUCAAAAUGGCCAGGAACAAAUAACUUUCUUCUGAAAAUCGUCAGUCUAUUCUUGUUCUGAGAAUUGAAGGUUAUUCCAUGUGAGAACUUGCCAAGAAACUGAAGAUCUUGUACAACGCUGUGUGCUACUCCCUUCACAGAACAAACUGGCUAUAACCAGAAUAGAAAGAGGAGUGGGAGGCCCUGGUGCACAACUGAGCAAGAUGAUAGGUACAUUAGAGUGUCUAUUUUGUCCUCAACUGGCAGCUUCAUUAAAUAGUAUCCGCAAAACACCAGUCUCAACGUCAACAGUGAAGAGGCGACUCCGGGACGCUGGCCUUGUAGGCAGAGUUCCUCUCUCUGUCCAGUGUCAGUGUUCUUUUCUCCAUCUUCAUCUUUUCUUUUUGUUGGCCAGUCUGAGAUAUGGCUUUUUCUUUGCAACUUCCAUCCCUCUCCUUGGUCAAAUAGCCCUUACAAAGCCUGGAGGUGUGUUUUGGAUCAUUGUCCUGUUGGAAAACGAAUGAUAGUCCACUAAGCACAAACCAGACGGGAUGGCAUAUCGCUGCAGAAUGCUGUGGUAGCCAUGGUGGUUAAGUGUGCCUUGAAUUGUAAAUAAAUCACUGACAGUGUCACCAGCAAAGCACCCCCACACCUCCUCCUCCAUGCUUCACAGUGGGAACCACAUAUGCGGAGAUCAUCCGUUCACCUACUCUGUGUCUCACAAAGACACGCGGUUGGGACCAAAAAUCUCAAAUUUGAACUCAUCAGACCAGACAGAUUUCCACCGGUCUAAUGUGCAUUGCUCAUGUUUCUUGGCCCACUAAGUCUCUUAUUAUUAUUGAUGUCCUUUAGUAGUGUUUUUUUUGCAGCAAUUCAACCAUCUCCUCUGAACCGUUGAUGUUGAGAUGUGUCUGUUACAUCAAGUCUGUGAAGCAUUUAUUUGGGCUGCAAUCUGAGGUGCAGUUAACUCUCAUGAACUUAUCCUCUGCAGCAGAGGAAACUCUGGGUCUUCCUUUCCUGUGGCGGUCCUCAGGAGAGCCAGUUUGAUCAUAGCGCUUGAUGGUUUUGCGACUGAAAGUUUAUUCAAGUGCAAAAUUCUUGGAAUAUUCUUGAUUGACUGACCUUCAUUUCUUAAAUUAAUGAUGGACUGUAAUUUCUCUUUGCUUAUUUGAGCUGUUCUUGCUAUAAUAUGGAUUUGGUCUUUUACCAAAUAUGGCUAUCUUCUGUAUACCACCCCUACCUUGUCACAGCACAACUGAUUGGCUCAAACGCAUUAAGAAGGAAAGAGAUUCCAUAAAUUAACUUUUAACAAGGCACACCUGUUAAUUGAAAUGCAUUCCAGGUCACUACCUCAUGAGGCUGGUUGAGAGAAUAUCAAGAGUGUGCAAAGCUGUCAUCAAGGCAAAGGGUGGCUACUUUGAAGAAUCUUAAAUAUAAAAUAGAUUUGGAUUUGUUUAAUACUUUUUUGGUUACUACAUGAUUCCAUAUGUGUUAUUUCAUAGUUUUGAUGUCUUCACUAUUAUUCUACAAUGUAGAAAAAAGUUAAACUAAAUAAAAGCCCUUGAAUGAG